AUGAAUCCCUCCAUUCUUGAUAAACCUGGGGUGAAAAUCAUCUCUUCGAAGCCGUCUAUCUUCUCAAACGAUGACUUUGUACAGCUGCCAUCCCCAGACCCAUCCACGGGGAAGGCAUUCGUUGAAGAGGAUUCUGUGUCACUUACGUACGAAGGAUUCCAAAAUAGCAUUGCACCACCUCCACCAUCCAUUUAUCUAGAUACGCCUGUAUGGCCACUGACUGACCCAUCGGAGGCGGUACUUCUGCGGCACUUCGUUCAGAAUCUAGCGAUUUGGCUGGACCUCUGUGACCCAAUGCAGCAUUUCCAAGUCGAGGUUCCAAGGAGAGCAGGGAUAUGCCCAAUCCUCUUGAAUGCAAUUUUCGCCUUGUCUGCAAGACACUUGAGCCAUAUUGGAAAUUACGAUUCCUUUGCGUCAAACCGUUACCACGAUGAGUGCCUCAAGUAUCUAAUUCCUAUGCUGAACAAUACAGCAACAAUCUCGGACGAGACUCUAUUCGCAGCAACCAUUAUCCUUCGUGUCUUGGAAGAGAUCGACCUCCCUGAUUCUGAUCUUCAAGGCCACAUGCUUGGCAUUCAAGUCUUUGUUGGGGCUCGAGAUCCUUACGCUAUUCGAGGCGGGCUGAGCGAAGCGGCAUUCUGGGUCGGGCUCCGACAAGAGAUAUACGUGGCGACGGUCAAGCAAAAAUCUGUCAAAAUCAACCUUGAUCAAUGUCUCGUUGAUCGGUCGGUGGAGCCUGCCAGUGACUUUGAAUGGGCAAAUCGAGCAGUUGUUCAUUAUGCUGAUGUGCUGAACUGCUGCUUCGGACCAGAGGGUGUAGCAUUUUCGAAGUGGGUGGAACUGAAGGACUACAGUGAGAAGUGGCAGGAAAUGAAGCCGAGUUCAUUUACACCAAUUUUUUACAGGGAGGCAAACGCCCAGAAGAGAGAGGCUUUUCCAGAGGUUUGGUAUAGCCAUGCUUGUCACAUCAUUGGUGUCCAGCACCACAAACUUGGGCAAAUUUUACUCGCUAUCUUCGACCCUAAAAUUCCCCGAGUAGGUGGCAGCCGCAGUACAGCAGUGAAAUCAAUGGAGGAGCAGAUCAAACAGGACCUGAGAGAAUUAUGUGGGAUCGGAUUAUACAAUCGUUGGACUCCACCAGGUAUCUUCACUGCGUCGAUGGGAAUUGCAAUAUGCGGAGAUCGCUUCGAUAUCAGAUCUGAUCAAGAAGCACUUCUCGAUGUCUUGGUGAGGACUGAAAACGAUCAUGCCAGACGCACCACUGCUGUCCAAAAUCAGAUGAAGGAGGCUUGGGGAUGGAUAUCUGAAGACUGA